GUCACCAGAUCUCGUGACAAACCCGCCCAAACAAAAAACUCCCGAUGACGUCACGACAGAGGAUCACGGAAGUAAACCAGACGACGAAAGACAACAGGCGCAAACACAAUUCAGCUGCCGUGUUUUCGACUAUUACUGACAAAUUAGAGCUAUCAUGCUUGGAGGCUUCAAAUCAGAGAAGUUAAAAGUCAACCUCCGGCUAGUCGUCCAGAGACUUAAACUCCUUGAGAAGAAGAAAACUGAGCUUGCUCAAAAGGCUCGCAAGGAGAUUGCAGAUUACCUGUCAUCAGGAAAGGAUGAGCGGGCACGGAUCCGUGUGGAGCACAUCAUCAGGGAGGACUACAUGGUGGAAGCCAUGGAGAUCUUGGAGCUUUACUGUGACUUGCUGCUGACACGCUUCGGUCUCAUUAAGUCUAUGAAGGAGCUAGAUCCAGGCUUGCAGGAGGCGGUGUCCACUCUUAUCUGGGCAUCCCACCGCCUUGAGGCUCAGGUGUUGGAGUUAAAGAUCGUAUCAGACCAGUUAUGUGCAAAGUAUAGCAAGGAAUACGGCAAGCUGUGCAGGUCAAACCAGAUUGGAACUGUCAAUGAACGACUGAUGCACAAGCUGAGUGUGGAGUCCCCUCCUAAGAUCUUGGUGGAGCGCUACCUGAUUGAGAUAGCCAAGAACUAUAAUGUUCCGUAUGAUGCUGAUGCGAUCGUCAGGCCCGAGGUGAGUCACGGAGAAGAAGCUGACCUGAUUGAUGUGAACAACUACAAGAAGCCUGGAGGAGGAAGUGGAGGUGGAGGUGGCGGUGGCGGCGGGUUCACUGCUCCAGUCAUGCCAAUGCACAUGCCCAUGCCCAUGCCCAUGCCCAUGCCUAUGCCUAUGCCCAUGCCUGUAGCUUUCAACUACCCACCUCCCAAAGGAGCAGAACCAUUUAUUCCGCCCGUCGGAUCCUACAACAGCUUCCCGCACCCUGUGGGAGGAGGGCAGCCCCCUCAGCUGCCCACUUCUCCUCCCACAUACGAGUCUAUUGAUGACCUAAAAAACUCACAUCCUCUUCCUUUCCAGGCUGUAGGUCCUUCAUCACAGAUAUAUGACAACACCACCCUCCCAGAACUUCCCUCUGUCCCUGACACGCUUCCCACAGCCUCCUUCGGCGGAAACACCACCACUUCAGAUGACCUCGACUUUGAUGACUUGUCACGACGCUUUGAAGAGCUGAAGAAGAAGACUUAAGAGGUUUUUUUUUGUUCCUCGUCUUUGAAGACCAAUAUUUGGGCUGGUGGUUCUGUGGGAAGUAAAACUUGCUUUAGGCUCAGAAUUGGCUAUUUAUAUACAAAUCUUAUAUUUACUUUUACCUUAUAUAGAAUAUAAUGAAUAUACAUAUUACUGAGGUUAUGAUUGCAAACAGUCUGGUUAUAUAUUUUACUUUAUGAAGCUUCACUGUUUAAACACUUGCUUUUCCCUGGUGUGACAUACUUUGCAAUGCAAUAGUUUUGUCUGUCAAACACAGCAGUCAGGCCGUCCUUGAUUGUUUUUUGCACAUUAUGACGUAACGCUGUGAUCUCUGUUUCAUCCCAGACCUGUCCAACAAGUCCGACUCCCCCGUCUACCUUGAUAGGUGUUUCUGUUAAGGUUUCUGUUGCGAUAACUCUAUUCAAUGUGUUCACCACACAUAGAAGCCAUAAAGACACAUGGCGUUUCUGUGUGACAACCCAUAGCAGUUGUUUGGUAGAAGAACAUUGUCUUAUUAUAUAUAUAUAUAUAUAUAUAUAUGUGUAUAUUUUAACAUAUCUGAUCACACAACCUGAUUUUAUAUCUAUAUAUUACCGUAAGCCCAAAGAGAGGUUCUAGUUCUCCAUGUGUCUCCACACAUCUUCCACUGUAUGUUUACCGCUGUAUUUGCCUUAAAUUGUACACUCCCACCGGAGGCCUGGUUGGUCUACCAGGAUAGCACAUCAUUUUUUUCCAUCAGGACCUGAUACAUGUUCAUUUGACCGCAAGAACAAAUGGUUGGGUUUUGAUUAGCUUGUGAGAAGUUGCAGUGAGAGUUGUCAUGCACUUUUCACGUGUUUUCCAACCUGACCACACCUCGCUCAGCUUGUUUAUUGAGAGGAGCCUCAAAUGAUUCGUCACUUUCUGGAAAGAAGAUGAAAAAGCUAACGAGGAGAGUUAAUAACACUACCAAAACUGCUCUUAGAUUAUUGGACGAUGUUACCUUUGUACAAUAAACAUUUAAUACAAGUAUGAAUUUGCCAACGUACUAUCUGUAUGUUUUUCAGGUUGUUUUUCAAAAUGGCGCGGUUUCAAAGGACAUUUAUUCUCAACCCUUAAGUCUACAUGACAAACGGGCAUGCUCAAAAAGUGUUUUAUGUCAGAUAUCUUUUUUUUUUUUUUUUUUAACUUUCAACGCUUUGAAUUCUUCAG